AGCGGUGUGACAGAGCCGGACUGGGAUCAGUGUGAGGAACAACACACCGGGAUUAUCAGCAUCAGCAUCAGGAUCAGAUCAGUUUUGGGAUCAGAUCAGUUUUGGGAUCAGAUCAGUUCUGGGAUCAGAUCAGUUCUGGGAUCAGGAUGCUCCGCUUUCCGUCGCUGCUCCUCCUGUGGCUCGCGCACUUCAUUGAUGAGCACGGGGUUAACGCCGGGAACUGCUGGUAUGAGCAGGGAAAGAACGGCCGCUGUCAGAUGCUCUUCCAGCCCGGUAUGAGCCGCGAGGACUGCUGCAGAAGCGAGAGGCUCGGCAUGGCGUGGACAGAGGAGGACGUUCCAAGCAACACGUUGUUCCGGUGGCUGCUCAUGCAGGGUGGCGCACCGAACUGCAUACCGUGUAAAGAGACAUGUGAUAACGUGGACUGUGGUCCUGGGAGGAAAUGCAAGUUGAACCGGAGAAACAAACCACGCUGCGUGUGCGCUCCGGAUUGCUCCAACAACACAUUUAAGGGGCCGGUGUGUGGUUCGGACGGAGGCACGUACCGCAACGAGUGUGCGCUCCGAAGAGCAAAGUGCAGGAGAUACCCCAACCUGGUGGCCCAGUAUCAGGGGAAGUGCAAGAAGACGUGUGAGGAAGUGCAAUGCCCGGGAAGCUCGUCCUGCGUGGUGGAUCAGAACAACAACGCCUACUGUGUGACGUGCGAGCGAGUGUGUCCAGAAGUGACCUCGCCCGAGCAGCACCUGUGUGGGAACGACGGCAUCGUUUACCCGAGCGCCUGCCAUCUCCGACAAGCCACGUGCAUUCUGGGAAGGUCCAUUGGGGUUGCCUAUGAGGGCAAGUGCAUAGAUGCCCACUCGUGCGAUGACAUCCACUGUCCAGAAGGAAAAAAGUGUCUCUGGGACAUGAGGGCGGGCCGAGGGCGGUGCGCCAUGUGCGAGAAUGAGUGUCCCGAGAGUCUUCCUGGAGAGAGCGUGUGCGCCAGCGAUAACGUCACGUACCGCAGCGAGUGUGAGAUGCAUCGGGCCGCCUGCUCGCAAGGUCUCGUCCUCGAGGUCAAACACUCCGGGUCCUGUAACUGUGUCGACCACUGACUCAUUCUUCCCAUCAUACACGGAUCCCGACCUGUUUUAUCACAUGAACCAGGCAAAGCAUCAACAUUUCAGAUGCGUUUUUACUGGAAGGAACAAAAUUUAUCUUUUUAAAAAAAUAAAUAAAAAAAAACACUCAUUUGCCUCCUUUUCAAAGUCAUGAGCUCCUGCGCUGCUGUGUUCUUCGAUGAGCAGAGAAAUGAUAAAGAGGAGGAGGAGGAGUAGUAAGAUCUGGACUAGACGAUUCUCAUGACUGUAGUGUGUGAAGCAGCGACUCGGCUCCUGCACAGAGUCAGUAUUCAGACUGUACAUAGACAUACACACUUAUUUAUUUUCCAGGAGAAUUAAAAUAAAAAAAAAGAAAAAGAAAGAAAA